UCUCUCAGUGUAGCUAUUGUUGACAUUUCAACCACACGUGCAUUUGAAAUAACCACCCAUUUGUUUACAAUAAAUUUUAAAAUUUUCUUUUUAAUUUUUAGUUAUUAAUUGUUAACACUUUAGGAAAAUGGAUCAAGAAGAUUUACCUCCUUUGGAAAAUGAUAGCGAGGUGUGUGCCAAUGGAAAUUGUGAAAAUGAUUCAGAUUUUACCGACAAUGACUCCGAUGAAGAACCUAUGGAUCAGGGUGAAUCGACUAUUUGUCUAUUCUGUACACAAGUUUUGCCUUCAGUGGAAUUAGCUUUGGAACACAUUAAAACCGUUCAUAAAGUAAAUUUUUCCCAAUUAAAGGCUCAAUUUCAAAUGGAUCAGUAUUCAUUUAUAAAGCUUAUCAAUUGUAUACGUCUGGAAGGUAUUAGUGAGGAAAAGCUACAAAAUGUAACAACAGCAUUUUGGAAUGAUGAGAAAUAUUUGAAACCCAAAGAAUAUGAAUCAUGGUUAAGUUAUGAUUAUGAUGACUUGAAAACAGAGACAACUUCAACUGAAAUAGCUGCAAACGAAGCGAAUUUAAAGGCUUUGGUAUUAAAGUUACAAGAACAAGUCAAAUUUCAACAAGAACAACUGGAGCAGGCUUCACAGGACAUGGAAACAAUGCGUAAAGGUUUUCAACGUUUAAUGGAAAAGGAUGAUAAGAAAAUCGAGACGAAGAACAAAAAUAUCACUUGUGUCUCUUCUGUAUCACUUAAAGCAGAUGAGGGAUAUUUCGAUAGUUAUGCUCAUUUUGGCAUACAUCAUGAAAUGCUGUCGGACGUUGUUAGAACUACUUCUUAUAGAGAUGCUUUGUUAAAAAACAAAGAUUUUGUUAAGGGAAAAUAUGUUUUGGAUGUGGGUUGUGGCACUUCUGUACUCUCCAUAUUUGCCUCACAGGCAGGUGCUGCCAAAGUAGUUGGCAUUGACAAUUCAGAUAUUAUCUAUAAUGCCAUGGAUAUAGUUAAAAAAAACAAUGUGGAAAACAUUACUUUGGUAAAGGGUCGUUUAGAAGACACUGAAUUACCGGAGCAAAAAUUCGAUAUUAUUAUAUCCGAAUGGAUGGGUUAUUUUCUACUAUUCGAGGGUAUGCUGGAUAGUGUCAUCUAUGCGCGAGAUAACCAUUUAAAAGAGAAUGGUAUACUUUUACCAAAUCGUUGUACCAUGAGCAUUGUGGGCUAUGGCAAUGAGUCACUCUUUAAGAAUCAUGUAACAUUCUGGAAUGAUGUUUAUGGCCUUAACAUGUCUAAUAUGCGUAAAGAAGUUAUGCAUGAACCUUUAAUCGACAUCGUAGAUGCUCAGCAUAUACUGACCGAUGCUAAUUGCAUUGCUGAUUUAGAUUUAAUGAAAGUUGACUUGAACUAUUCCAAUUUUAAGUAUAAUUUCGAAUUGACUUGCUGCAAGGAUGGUGAAUUAUCCUCAUUUGUGGGAUAUUUUGAUACAUUUUUCGAAUUGCCUGAACCGGUUAUGUUUGGCACAUCACCCAAUGAUAAGCCAACGCAUUGGAAACAAGUUGUGUUUUUCAUUGAAGAACCUCAAGCGGUAAAGAAGGGAGAUGUUGUUCGAGGUGUGAUACACUGUAAAAGAAGUCAUAAAAGUGCCAGAUCAUUGGAUAUUAUUCUGGAAGCAUUUAAUAAGAAAUAUACUUAUUAUUUGGAUUAGAAAUGAAGUGUUAAGAGAAAAGGAAAAUAUAUAAAAAAUGUAAAAUUUUUAUAUGAAAUAAACGUAUUAAGAAUGAU